GACCUUCUCGUUUCUCCCUCGUGCAACACCGGGCCAUGAACUGCAACGAGGAGACGACCGUCCUGGAGCGCCGUCUGCCGGCGGGCACGGACCAGAGCGUGACCGCGAACCGUGGCGAUGAGAUGAACCUGUACGAGUACAUCGACCGGUCGCAGGUCUGGGGCCUCAACGUCGAUCAGCCCCUGACAAACUUCUUUGUGACGAGGCAGAGGCCGGAUGGUGCCCCGGGAGAGAGGGAAGAGAUCGAGGUGGAUGUCACCGGUCCAAAGGCGUGCAUCAGGCCGUGGCACACCCGCAGUAAUACAUCGAUCUAUACCGAGACGCAGAGCGGCACCGGCGACGACACGCUCAUCAUCACGGUGCCCUUUACGCACCAGGUCAAGAUCAAGUCUAUCCUCGUCAAUGUCGGCCGCGGCGACUUUAUGCCGACGAGGCUGAGGGCAUUCGUCAACCGUCCCAAUGGCGUCGACUUUGACGAGCUCGAGGCAGCGGAGGGCGGUCCAGCUGGCGCCAGGACGGGCUCGGUGGGCAGCGGCAAGCCCCAGGCUGACUUUAACCUACUCGACGACGUGGGCAGCUCCGACGGCGGCGUGAUCGAGUAUCCUGUCAGCAUCAGCCGCUUCUCAAGCACGCAGAACGUGUCCAUCGUCCUCUCUGACAGCAGCUCCAGGGACAUGUCGAGGAUCUUCUAUCUCGGCUUCCGCGGCACCGCGGCACAGACGCCGUUGCGCGAGGGCAUCCACUAUAGGCAGGUCGUCGAGGAUGCUGCCGAUGCCAGAAUCGAUGGGGUGAGGGACAAGAACAGGGCUGCCUCCGGCGUCCAGGGAAGCGCUCGUUAGACAGCGCUCGUUAGAUAGCGCUCGUAAGAUUGGAGUUAGAUCAAUAAAAAAAAGGGCCGCGAGACACACUGUAUCAUAAUCACACGACCUCAAAGCAGGAAACAUGAUGUCAAUCAAACAGAAGAUAAAGC